AUGGAGACCGAAAUAUCCGAGACACCGGUUGUCUCUUUUCGCCCAGUCAAGCGGCAAAAGUUUCUGCGCAAAAGAGUCGAUGAUUCCGAUGACGUACCCACGCCAGAAAGCGCAGUGACUGAACACAGAACAACGUCCGAAGAGAGACAGAACGAUAAUAGAGAGCUGCAAGAUACCAGCAAUCAAAGCGAGGUAUCGAACAUUAUGCGGCCGCGAAAGGUUCAGCGCAUGCGAAGAGGCGGCAUCGAGUUCUCGACUACCAGCUCGCAGGCAGCCGAUAAGAACCAUAGUCUGACUUUGUCGGUGGAGGAUACAGAAGCAGAUAUUCUCAAGGCUAGACUCGAUCGGUUCACGGCUCAUACAGGGCAAAAGGUUGAUGUCGAUAAACAUAUGAUGGAAUAUAUAGAGUCAGAACUGGCUAGACGACAAAAUCGUACGCAAAAAAAUGAUGAAAAUUCCGCGGCUAGUCGAUUCAGUCAGUCAGAUGCGAACGAUUCGUUCACCAACGCAUUCUCUAAACGUGAACCGGCCACACUAGGGAAGCUCCAUGAGAUUGAUCUUGGUCAAGAGACAAAAUUGCAGAAUAUUGCUCGCACAGAAGCAGCAACGCGGCGCAUGGCCGGCGAAUCUCCGGACGCAGUUGAGGAGGUUGGGAAGAGCAAGUCUUGGAGAAAUCGAAGGCGCAACAGGGAAGAUAUUGAACGGGAUAGACUCGUGGAGGAAGUUUUACGAGAGAGUAAACUGGAUGUAUACGAUGAACCGGAGCAAUCUGCAAAUUAUGAUGAUAUGGCUGCGGAUGACCGUAUCGCGGAACAAUUCCGACGCGAUUUCAUGGAAGCUAUCCAGACCAGGCGCCGGACGCAGCGAAACCGUACCACCACGACUGCCACAAACAGUAGGGUUGCUAAACCUGAGCCGCCUCGCGGGCCGAAGUUAGGUGGAAGUCGGAGCGCUCGUGCUGCAAUGCGGGAGAUGCAAGAGAAGAGUGGCAAGAAAUGA